AUGGCUUUUGUAGAAGUUUGUUUAUGGACGCUACUUGCCGUCGUACUGUCUUGGACAAUAUUCCACGUGACCAAGACUAUGAAGAAGGCGACGAAGUUGGCGGAUGUGGCUGCGGAGGAGAAAAGAGACGGUGUCCCUGACGUCAUCAUAGUCGGAGCUGGUGUGGGCGGCUCAGCGCUCGCAUAUGCUCUUGCUAAGGAUGGACGUCGAGUACAUGUGAUAGAGAGGGACAUGAGAGAGCCAGUGAGAAUGAUGGGUGAGUGCAUGCAGCCGGGAGGACGGCUCUUACUUUCUAAGCUCGGUCUUCAAGAUUGCUUGGAGGGAAUAGACGCUCAGAAAUCCACCGGCUUAGCACUUUUUAAGGACGGAAAAGAAACACUCACAUCUUUUCCGAUGGAUACCAACUUUCCUUAUGAACCAUAUGGUCGAUUUUUUCACAAUGGCCGUUUUGUCCAGAGACUACGCCAAAAGGCGUCUUCUCUUCCCAAUGUGCGGUUGGAAGAAGGGACGGUGAGAUCAUUGAUAGAAGAAAAAGGAGUGGUCAAAGGAGUGACAUACAAGAACAGUUCAGGAGAAGAAACCACAGCAUUUGCACCUCUCACUGUGGUAUGCGAUGGUUGCCACUCGAACCUUCGUCGCUUUCUAAACAACAACAACGCAGAGGUUACGGCGUACGAAAUUGGUUACAUCUCGAAGAAUUGUCGCCUUGAAAAUCCGGACAAGUUACACUUGAUAAUGGCUAAACCGUCCUUCGCCAUGUUGUAUCAAAUCAGCAGCACCGACGUUCGUUGUAAUUUUGAGCUUCUCUCCAAUAAUCUUCCUUCUGUUUCAAAUGGUGAAAUGGCGUCCUUCGUAAAGAACUCUAUUGCUCCUCAGGUGCCUCUGAAACUCCGCAAAACAUUUUUGAAAGGACUCGAUGAGGGAGCAAAUAUAAAAAUUACACAAGCAAAGCGCAUGCCAGCUACUUUGAGCGGAAAAAAGGGAGUGAUUGUGUUGGGAGAUGCAUUCAACAUGCGUCAUCCAGUAAUCGCGUCUGGAAUGAUGGUUUUACUGUCUGACAUUCUCAUUCUAAGCCGUCUUCUCAAGCCUUUGGGAAACCUUGGUGAUUCAAACCAAGUCUCAGAGGUUAUGAAGUCUUUCUAUGUUCUACGCAAGCCAAUGUCAGCAACAGUAAACACACUAGGCAAUGCAUUUUGGCAAGUGCUAAUUGCAUCAAAGGACGAAGCAAAAGAGGCUAUGCGACAAGGAUGCUUUGAUUAUCUCUCUAGUGGUGGGGUUCGCACGUCAGGCAUGAUGGCUAUGUUUGGUGGCAUGAACCCUAUGCCGCUUUGUCUCAUCUACCAUCUAUUCGUUAUUACUCUAUUCUCCAUUGGCCAACUGCUUUCUCCAUUUCCCACUCCUCUUCGUAUUUGGCAUAGCCUCAGACUUUUUGGUCUGUCUUUGAAACUGUUGGUUCCUCAUCUCAAGGCUGAAGGGGUUAGUCAGAUGUUGUCUCCAGCAAAUGCAGUGGCGUAUCGCAAAAGCUAUAUGGAUGCAACCGUUGUCUAG